AUCAAGAAAACUGAAGAAAUCACUCUUCGAUGCAGACAAAAGAGUUCUCUUCUUCUCGCAAUUCUUCUCUGAUCACUAUCGCCAUUGAUCGAAUUCCAUUUUCUAUGAGUUCCUAAACCUUGUUCUCCAACUCUUGAUCCUCCGUUUUCUGAUCUACGGUCAUUUCCGUGGUCGGAGGAUCGCCGGCGGCGGCGGCGGUGGCGGUGUGCAGCGUUCGGAGAUCCUCGCGAUGUCGUGGGGAUUAGGAUGGAAGCGAUCGUCCGAGAAUUUCCGGUUGAGUCUCAGCUACGGCGCGGAGGACCUGGGCGAUGAUCUCAACCGAUCGACGUCGGCAUCGUCGUUGGGAUCCUAUUCUUCGUCGUCGUCGUCUUCGGCGUCGGCGAUUCAGGAUCCGGAAUUAGGUUUUCGGAUUGAUUUGGAUUGGACAGCGGGGGAUGCGGAGGAUCAGGUGGCACUGAGACUGCAGUCGCAGUUGAUGGUGGCGUUGCCGGUGCCGCAGGACGCGGUGGUGGUUGAAUUGAAGGAAGAGGUUGGUGACGGAGGAGAAGAAGAUGAUGGUGGAGAGAAUGUGAGUGUAGAAAUGAGAGUUGAGAAGCGUAGGGAGCCUUUACGGGCUGUCGCGUUGAUGAAAGCGGCGGGAUCCGGUCAACAAAGCGACGGCGUCGGCGUCUUGACGAGACUGAUGAGGUCUGAUUUGACACCAGCGGCGGUUCCUUCGCAGGUAGUCGACGGCGUAUCGACUUGUGGCGAGCACUGGAAGUCUGUCACAUCGCUUAGCCUAAGCGGUUGCGGUUUAUUGGUUAUGCCAGUUGAACUGAUCCGGUUGCCUCUUCUCGAGAAGCUAUACCUUGAUAACAACAAGUUACCAGUCUUGCCACCGGAGCUUGGUCAGCUGAAGAACCUUAAAGUUCUCAGAGUCGAUAAUAAUAUGCUUGUUUCUGUUCCUGUGGAACUACGGCAGUGUUCAGGUCUUGAGGAAUUGUCCUUGGAGCACAAUAAACUCAUCCGGCCCCUUCUCGAUUUCAGAGCUAUGGCUGAGCUAAGGACACUUAGACUUUUUGGUAAUCCUCUCGAAUUCCUACCGGAAAUUUUACCUUUGCAUCAGCUUCGCCACUUGUCUCUUGUGAAUAUCAGGAUUGUGGCAGACGAGAACCUAAGAUCCGUAAAUGUACAAAUAGAGACAGAAAAUAGCUCCUACUUUGGGGCAUCUAGGCACAAAUUAAGCGCAUUCUCUCCCCUUGUAUUCCGUUCUUCGUCUUGCCAUCAUCCCCUGCUAGCAUCUGCAUUGGUGAAGAUCAUGCAAGAUGAAGGCAAUCGUGCUGUCAUUGGUAAAGAUGAAAAUGCGGUGCGUCAGCUCAUAAGUAUGAUAACUAGUGACAAUCGCCAUGUGGUUGAACAAGCAUGUGUAUCUUUAUCCUCUCUUGCACGAGAUGUUGGUGUAGCAAUGCAGCUGAUGAAGUGCGAUAUAAUGAAGCCGAUUGAAACAGUAUUGAAAUCGUCUGCCCCAGAAGAAGUGAUAUCCGUGUUACAAGUUGUGGUCACUUUAGCUUUUGUGUCUGAUUCCGCCGCUCAGAAGAUGCUUACCAAGGACAUGCUAAAAGCUUUGAAAUCCUUGUGUGCCCACAAAAAUCCAGAGGUUCAAAGGCAAGCCUUGUUAGCCGUUGGGAACUUGGCCUUCUGUUUGGAGAAUCGUCGUAUUCUGGUUACUUCAGAAAGUUUGCGAGAAUUACUGAUGCGAUUGACUGUCACACCAGAACCACGAGUCAACAAAGCUGCAGCUCGCGCUUUGGCAAUUCUUGGAGAAAAUGAAAUUCUGCGACGUGCCAUAAGGGGCAGACAAGUGCCAAAGCAAGGACUGAGAAUACUCUCCAUGGAUGGGGGUGGAAUGAAAGGUCUUGCAACGGUGCAGAUUCUUAAAGAAAUUGAGAAGGGAACUGGCAAGCGGAUACAUGAGUUGUUUGACCUUAUAUGCGGCACAUCAACUGGUGGAAUGCUUGCUAUUGCCCUCGGUGUCAAGCUUAUGACGUUGGAACAAUGUGAAGAAAUCUACAAAAAUCUAGGAAAGCUUGUUUUUGCUGAGCCUGUCCCAAAGGACAAUGAAGCAGCUAGUUGGAGAGAAAAACUGGAUCAGCUUUAUAAGAGCUCAUCCCAGAGUUUCAGAGUUGUCGUACAUGGAUCCAAGCAUAGUGCAGAUGAGUUCGAGAGGUUGUUAAAGGAAAUGUGUGCUGAUGAGGAUGGAGACCUGUUAAUAGAGUCAGCUGUAAAGAAUGUUCCGAAAGUCUUUGUUGUAUCUACUCUUGUUAGUGUGAUGCCGGCUCAGCCUUUUAUAUUCCGGAACUACCAGUAUUCUGUUGGAACACCCGAAAUGUCGUUUGCAUUUUCAGAUCAUUCUGGAAGCAGUACAUUGACUUCAUCAGCAGCUACCGAUCAAGUUGGCUACAAGCAAAGUGCCUUUAUGGGAAGUUGUAAGCAUCAGAUAUGGCAAGCUAUACGGGCUUCAUCAGCUGCUCCAUAUUAUCUUGAUGACUUUUCAGUUGAUGCUUACCGCUGGCAAGAUGGCGCAAUAGUGGCAAACAAUCCUACAGUGUUUGCCAUCAGAGAAGCACAACUCCUGUGGCCUGACACAAAAAUUGACUGUUUGGUUUCCAUUGGCUGUGGCUCGGUGCCAACAAGGGUACGGAAAGGUGGAUGGCGUUAUCUGGAUACUGGGCAGGUUCUGAUUGAGAGUGCAUGCUCUGUGGAACGUGUCGAAGAAGCUCUAAGCACUUUGCUUCCUAUGUUACCAGAGAUCCAGUAUUUCCGCUUCAAUCCAGUCGAUGAGCGUUGUGGAAUGGAGUUAGAUGAGACCGAUCCAGCGAUAUGGCGUAAGUUGGAAGAUGCAGUCGAUGAAUACAUACAUAGCAAUUCCCAAGUUUUAAAAGAUGCUUGUGAGAGAUUGGUUCUACCAUUCCUAAACGAUGAGAAAUGGUCUGAGAAUUUGAAGCCGAGAUUCAUGAAUGGAAAGCUAGCAAACAGUUCAGAUGAGAGCAGCCCUUCUCUAGGCUGGAGACGCAAUGUUUUGCUCGUGGAGGCAGAGCAUAGUCCCGACUCCGGAAGGUUAAAGCACCAUGCUCGUGCCCUCGAGUUAUUUUGUUCGAACAAUGGAAUAAAGUUAUCGUCAGUUCAUGCUACUACUACUUCUUCCGGAGCCCAGAAGCCAUCCCCUGGAACUGCUUUUCCAACGCCAUUUACCUCUCCUCUGAUAGCUGGAAGCUUCCCAUCGAGCCCCCUACUCUUCAGUCCUGAUAUUGGCCCGCAGAGGUUUAGCCGGAUCGACAUGGUCCCUCCGCUUAGCUUGGACGGGUGGCAUGCCGGAAAGACGAACUUAUCGCCACCUUCGUCUCCUCCGGCCCAGAGGCAGCUCUUUCUUCCGUUACGACAAUUGCAUGAGAAGUUACAGAAUCUUCCCCAGGUGGGGAUCAUACACCUAGCCCUUCAAAAUGAUUCCAAUGGUUCAAUAUUGAGUUGGCAAAAUGAUGUGUUUGUGGUCACCGAGCCUGGGGAGCUUGCAGAUAAGUUUCUUCAGAGCGUUAAAAUCAGUACUCUGUCAGUGAUGCAAAGCCAUCGCAGAAAUGCUGCAUCGAUUCUUUCCGGUAUAUGCACGAUCUCAGAUCUGGUUCAUACCAAGAAAUACUUCCAGGUUGGGAAUAUCGUCCACCGUUACAUGGGACGCCAAACACAAGUAAUGGAAGAUGAUCAGGAGAUUUCGGCUUACAUGUUCCGCAGAACCGUCCCUUCCAUGCACCUUACACCCGACGAUAUACGCUGGAUGAUAGGAGCAUGGAGGGAGAGGAUAAUACUUUACUCAGGAACGUAUGGACCGACCCCAGCUCUAGUGAAAGCAUUCUUGGACUCUGGUGCGAAAGCUGUGGUGGGGCCUUCAGCCGAGCCGCAAGAGACACCGAUGAUCGAUGAAAACGGGCGGUUCGAGAUCGGAGAAGAGGAAGAAGAAGACGAGGAAGAAGGGGAUGAAGGGGAAGGGGAGGAAGGGGGAGAGGAAGAGUAUGGGCCGCCCUCCCCGACGAGUGACUGGGAAGACAGCGAUGUCGAGAAGAGGAGGAUGAUGAAGGGAAACGAGGAGGAGGAAGAGGAGGAGGAGCUAUCGGGGUUCAUAUGCAAGUUAUAUGACAUGUUGGUGAGGGAGAAUGCUAGAGUGGAUGUUGCUCUUCACAAAGCUCUUGCUUCUCAUAAGAAACUCAAGUACUCUUGCCAUCUUCCUUGUGUAUAGGUCACUCACCUCUAUCCUUACAACUUUAUAUAUAUAUAUAUAUAUAUAUUUAUACAUAUAGAGAGAGAGAUAGAAAGAGAUAAGAGAGAGAAUGGGACAAAGGAAAAAUUAAGGGAAGAAAGUUUUGUUCAUUUUGCGAAUUAUUAGAAUCUUCAGGUAAUGAGAACAGAACAUGCAUUUUUUUUUGUUCAAUUCAAAUAACACAUUUUUACCUGAAUAAUAUAAAUUCUGCUUUUCCGUA